AUGGCGCCAACCGACCGGAUUUGUACUCUACCUAAACAAGCGGGCGCCGAUAACUAUGCGAAAAUCCACGAUGGGGGCCGGAGCGGCGUCGAGGGCUGCCUUGUUUUUGAGAUCGGUCCCAGCGCCUACGACCUGAUCCAGGCCGGAGAUCAGGAGUUGGCCCUCAAUAACAAGCAUGACAAUGAGGUCAAUGCGGUUGUUCUCAGCCGACGGCAAGGUGGGCUCAAAUGCAACACAUUGCUACAGAAGCACGGCGAUCCGCUCAAGGGAAGGAACCAGACGCACAGCCAAUCCAGUCACAUAGGCAUGGUACCUCAGACCAAGCUGCCCAAGACGACGUCCAUGCCCACGACAACCACGGCCGAGCGACCCAUUAGUUCCGCGAAUGCUAGUGGAGGCUGGCGCUGA